AUGUCCCUCUCAUUCCCUCCCCGUCAGCUAUAUUACGACGGUCAGAUUCGUGCCGCCUCCUCCGGCAAGACCUUUCAAACUAUCAACCCCGCCACCGCAACCCCGCUGGCAGAUAUCCAAAUCGCCUCGAACUCUGAUAUCGACGCUGCCAUUGCUGCCGGUGAUCGUGCAUUCCCUUCAUGGUCCCAGACUCCAGCUAUUGCCCGCGCUCGUAUCCUUCACAAAGCUGCUUCUCUCUUGCGCGAGCGUAAUGAUGACAUCGCCCGCGUUGAGACUCUCGACUCCGGCAAGGCUUUCACUGAGACUAGCACCGUGGAUGUCGUGACCGGUGCCGAUGUCCUGGAGUAUUAUGCCAACUUCAUUGGUGGCGGUGGCCUUAAUGGUGAGACUACACAGCUCCGUGAGGAUGCUUGGGUCUAUACCAAGAAGGCUGCUCUGGGUGUUUGCGCCGGUAUUGGUGCUUGGAACUACCCCAUUCAAAUUGCCCUGUGGAAGUCCGCUGCCUGUCUUGCCGCCGGUAACACAAUGGUCUACAAGCCCAGCGAAUUCACUCCCCUACACGCCCAAACUCUAGCCGAGAUCUACACCGAAGCCGGUCUACCCGCCGGCGUCUUCAAUGUCAUCAACGGAGCCGGUGAUGUCGGCGCCUACCUGACCAGCCACCCAUCCAUCGCCAAGGUCUCAUUCACCGGCCAAGUAGCAACGGGCCAGAAGGUCGCCGGCUCUGCCUCCGGUAACAUGAAAUAUGUGACAAUGGAGCUAGGCGGAAAGAGCCCGUUAAUCGUGUGCCCAGACGCAGACCUAGAGAACGCAGUCGACGGCGCGAUGAUGGCAAACUUCUACAGCACGGGCCAAGUCUGCACGAACGGUACUCGUGUCUUCGUCCCCCGAUCUCUCAAGUCUGCUUUUGAAAAGAGUCUUCUUGAGAAGAUGGCUUUCGUUCGCGCUGGCCCGCUCUUCGACGAACAGACUAAUUUCGGACCCCUUUCCUCGUCUCUUCAUCAGGAGAAGGUCAUCGCUUAUAUUCGUCACGGUAUCGAGACUGACCGCGCAACACUUCUCUGCGGUGGUCCUGGAAAGCCUGACAACGUGCCUCGGGAUCUGCAGGCUGGAUUCUGGGUAAAGCCUACCAUUUUCACGGACUGCACUGAUGAUAUGCGAAUCGUCAAGGAGGAGAUUUUCGGCCCCGUUAUGUCGGUUCUGUACUAUGAUACCGUUGAGGAGGCUUUGCAGCGGGCUAACGCGACUGAACUUGGUCUUGCGGCUGGUGUCUUUACUAAGGAUUUGAAUCAGGCUCAUCGUCUUAUUGAUCAGCUCCAGGCGGGUAUUACUUGGGUUAAUACCUGGGGUGAGAGUCCCGCUGAGAUGGCGGUUGGUGGGUGGAAGAAGAGUGGUUUGGGUGUGGAGAAUGGUCGGAGGGGUAUUGAGGCUUGGGUGCAGAAUAAGAGUACCCUUGUUGAUAUGAGUGGGGCUGUGGCUACUGUUUUUGCCAAGCUGUAA